UGCGUCAUCACGCUACGCCACUGCUCGAGCCUGGGAAGAUGGCGGCGGCCGUUCUUAGUGGGCCCUCCGCGGGCUCCCCGGCUGGGGCUCCUGGCGGGACUGGGGGUCUCUCUACGGUGGGGUCGGGCCCGCGUCUGCGUCUGCUGCUGUUGGAGAGCGUUUCUGGGUUGUUACAGCCGCGGACGGGGUCCCCCGUUGCCCCUGUGCAUCCCCCAGUCCACUGGGCCCCACAUUUGCCCGGGCUCAUGUGCUUAUUGCGGCUGCAUGGGACAGUGGGUGGGGCUCAGAAUCUUUCAGCUCUUGGGGCUUUGGUGAAUCUCAGUAAUGCACAUCUUGGUUCCAUCAAAACUCGGUUUGAAGGCCUGUGUCUGCUGUCCUUGCUGGUAGGGGAGAGCCCCACGGAGCUGUUCCAGCAGCACUGUGUCUCCUGGCUUCGGAGCAUUCAGCAGGUGUUGCAGUCCCAGGACUCACCACCCACCAUGGAGCUGGCUGUGGCUAUCCUGAGGGAUCUGCUCCGGUAUGCAUCCCAGCUUCCCACGCUGUUCCGGGACAUCUCCACCAACCACCUUCCUGGGCUUCUUACUUCCUUGCUGGGCCUCAGACCAGAGUGUGAGCAAUCAGCUUUGGAGGGAAUGAAGGCUUGUGUGACCUAUUUUCCUCGGGCCUGUGGCUCUCUAAAACCCUACUACUACCGCCACCCCUUCUAA